GACAUAAUCGACUUUACAGUGCCGCUGUUAUUGACGAGGAUAAAUUAUUACAUAAAGCAGCCGAAUAUGAGCGCGAUUAUGUGAUCAACUUAUACGCAGGUACUAGACGACAGAAUAUGGACAGUUUACCUCUUCGUAGCUAUGAUCUGCUCGUUCCUCAUAGCAGUGAUAAUGUGGAAGCUCAAAAAUAAAAAAAUCAUCCCUCUCACUCUAGACAACUGUUUUUACGUGUGGGGCAUUCAAUGCCAGCAAUCGCUUCCAGGUGCACAUACUAACUUACAACGCUCAAAAUUUCAGACAAUUAAAAUCAUUAACUUCUAUGUCCCAGAGUUUCCUACAGCAUCGUCGCUUAAAAUAGCCUUCAUGUCUCUGGUCAUGCCGUCGAUGGUCAUCUACAUCAGUUACUCCGCGGCGUUGACUAGCUACCUCGCAGUGUUCAAUCCGAAUCUGCCCUUCACCUCGGAACAGGAAUUCGCAUCUGACAAGUCCUACAACUUGACCGUCCUUCGCGGUAGCGUUUACCACGACAUCUUUGAGCGAUCAAACAACAGCCUGGCACUACAGAUGCGCGAACGACUGAAGCGGCCAGAGGACCUACCUCUAAACAUGCUCGAAGCGAUCAAACAGGUUUGCAACGAGCAGGUGGUGCUCUGUACCAACGAACUUUUCGUGGACAAAAUCAGCGCAGAUAUCCCGUGCACCCUGAUGUCCAUCAGCAGUGGACGACUCGACAGCGCGGCUUUUGCUCUCUUCAAGCACAGUCCCUACACCGGAUUGCUGAAUUACUAGUAGGUUUAUGUUUGAAUUUGUCAUUAAGCGAACGCUUACACUUUUAAAGAAUAAAUUCAAAUCACAGCAUAGA